UUAAAACAAUGUGCCGACUGCCUUCCACAUUACAAAAUACUAGUGACGCGUGUGAUAUUGAUGAAUUUCGAUCCGUCAUUAAUAAAAGUACUACACAAUAAUAAUUAGCCUUAUAAUCAUGUUUUUAUUUUCGGUUGUCACGGUGUUUUUGGAGUUCGCUUUGUUGUAUUUGAAUCCGACCCAGGCUGGUUUACGGGUCUUAGCCGUGCACACGAUGGCGGCAAAAAGUCAUUGGAAUUUCAUGAACGGAUUUUUGCAUUCGCUGACCGACGCCGGGCAUAACGUUACGGUUUUCACCUGGUUUCCCGAAGGCCAACGAGAAAACUAUACAGAACAUGUUUUUAAGGGACCAAAGCGUUUAGACAUGGAUUUAGUUGAAUUUAAAGAGCAGCUAAAACCUCCCAAUAACCUACUCAGACACGUUAUACACCGUAACAGAAGAGCAUGUGAUAUUACGUUUUCAAAUUCUAAAAUAGAAGCCAUCAUGACUGCGGGCAACACUGAACACUUUGAUGUCAUCGUCGCCGAAACAUUAGUUUCCGAUUGCAUGUCACAAUUGGUUCGUCGUCUCCGCCUACCUUUAAUUUACCUCUUUCCAUCACCAAUGCCGACUUACUUGGAGGCGUCGUUUCUGGGUGAAGAUCCAAACCCUGCGUGUGUGUCAAAUUUCAUGUUGUCAUUCGGCUACCCAAAGACAUUCCAUCAACGGUUGCUCAACUUUCUCACCUACAAAUACAGCAGAAUUAUGUUGUGGUAUUUUGAAACAAGAGCCACGAAGUCCAACCCUAGACCGUACGACUAUAUAGAACCGGUCAAGCCGUCCUUGGUGUUUGCAAACAGCCAUUUCAUCGUCGAACCGGCCAGACCAAUGCCACCCAAUUUCAUAGAAAUCGGCGGCAUUCACCUUCCCGAACCAAAUACAAUACCGGAUGACAUACGAGUGUUCAUUGAAAAUUCACCAAAUGGAGUUAUUUACUUCACGUUUGGAUCGACAAUAAAAAUGUCAUCAUUUCCAGACCACAUUAAAACCGCAUUUAAACUAGCUCUUGCGCGCCUCCCCCAGAGGAUACUGUGGAAAUAUGAGAGCGAAAUGGAAGACAAACCGGACAACGUGAUGACGAAAAAGUGGUUCCCUCAACGCGAUAUUCUCUUGCACCCGAAUAUCAAGCUGUUUAUCGGUCACGGUGGAAUAUCUGGCGUGUUUGAAGUAGUCGAUGCCGGAGUUCCGAUGUUAGGGUUUCCACUUCUCUAUGAUCAACCGAGAAACAUUGCCAAUCUGGUCGACGCCGGAAUGGCCAUUUCACUCGACGUGAUGACCGUCACCGAAACACAGAUAUUCGAAUCGAUUAAUAAAUUAAUCAACGAUAAAAAGUACUCGUCAAACGCCAAACUAGCUUCCAAGCGUUUCAAGGAUCGCCCAAUGACACCUGCUAAAUCAGCCGCUUACUGGACGGAAUACAUUGUACGACAUAAUGGUGCAUCACAUCUAAAGACAAAAGCAUUUGAUCUCACGUGGUACGAAUACUACCUUCUAGACAUACUAUCUCUGAUAAUCGUCACGUGUUCGGUCAUUGGCUUUAUUCUCUAUAAAUGUUUAACUGUUAUAUGCAAACAACUUUUAUUCAAGUUAAAGAUCAAAACUGAAUAAUACUUAUAUAUAUAUUUUUUUUUUGGCUUAUAAAAAAGAUUUUAUGUGUUUCCAGAAUGUAUGAUCUACACCAAUAUUAAUAAUUACUCCCAACGAUCAAGCUUCAUCUAGGGAAAAUAAAAGUUAUACUACUUAUUUGUCCACUUACUAUCUAAAGAAUAUCAUACAUAAUUUUGGUGUUAACUUGACGUUUCAACUACAUACAAGUAGUAUACAGUUAUUAACUGCUAUAUGAAUACUACUUCAGUACUACUUAAAUAUUUAUUUAUAUAUAUUUUAAUCUAUAAUAUUUUUGUAUUCGUAUUUUAAUUUAAGCACCGAGUUGUACAACUAGGAUUACAUUUUUUCAACUAAUAAAAACGGUAAAUUGUAUCUUAACUUUAUGACUUGUUAAUUGCUCGUCUUAGAUAUUAAAAAAAAAACACAGUAUGUGAAAAUAUUUUCAAUACAGGUUGAGAAUUUCACAUAUAGCCACCUAAAAUUUGGAUACUGUAAAAAUA